AUGCAGUCCGAGAGUUAUGCCCGCAAACGUCUGUUAGGCGAUCUCAAGAAGUUAAAUCAGUUAGAAGAAGAGAACCAGCAGAUCAGUGCUGCGCCGAAUGAGGAUGACAUCAUGAAGUGGAAUUGUUUAAUCUUUGGGACAGAAGGUUCGAUCUGGGAAGGGGGCAUAUUCAAGUUGACGAUGACCUUUACUGAUGAGUACCCCAUCAAGCCUCCCAAAGUUGUUUUUACAAGUAAAAUGUUUCAUCCCAAUGUCUAUACCAAUGGCAAUAUUUGUUUAGACAUCCUUUCAAAUCAAUGGACACCAACUUAUGAUAUCAUUUCUAUCUUAAAUUCUAUUCUUUUACUCUUAGACGACCCAAACCCUAAUUCUCCGGCUAAUGGGGAAGCAGCUGAUCUAUAUAUUAGAAAUAGAAGAGAAUAUAUUAAACGUGUCGGAGAUAUAGUAAAUGAAAGUAUUAAACAAGCAGAAGGGGAUGACGAUGAGUAA